AUGUCCCAGCCUCGGCCACCCGCACUACACUCGUCCUCACCGCCGUCCAAGUCCAAGUCGUCGUUACGGCGGACCAGCGGGUCGACCGUGAACCCAUCUACAGCAUCUGUCGCCCGUGGCAUUCUAGGCUCACCGCAACCUCAUUUCGACGAUGAUCCCAUCGUAGCAUCGUACGAGUCUCCUUUCCAGCAGCAUAUCAACAUCGAGGCUGAGCAUGGACACGAGCAUGCCAUCGAGUCCGAGCACUUCGGCCAUGGCCAGUCCGACACGCUCCCAUCCUUCCAGCCUUUCUUCACAUUGAUCGAGGACAGCGUGACCAACGAACACUACCAUCCUACAGUCCACUAUGUCUUUGCCGACGAUGACUCGGAAAUCAUAGCCGAAGCAGCAUGCCGGAGUCUUGAGGCUCUGGAUCCCUCGCAGCGCGCGACGUCGCAGGCACAAACACAAACACCCACUCACGGCCUGCGGGCGCGACAUUCGAAUGAGGAGGAAGAGGGUGACAAUGACAACGAUGAUGAACAUCACCCUCGCCUGCCGCCCAUCAUAGCUGGCGUUCGCGAACAUUAUCUCGUUCUCGACGUGCAGCCGCGCAUGCUCCAACCCCAGCCUCCGCCUCGACCGCCAUCACAGUUACAAUCUCAUUCGCAGUCGCAGUCGCAGUCGCAGUCGCAGUCGCAGUCGCAUUCACACGAUGAUCCCGUCCCUUCAAUGACGAUAGGGCCAGCUUUCGAAGUCGUUUCAGCGCACAGCCUCAGCGCAGAUUGGCAGGUUUUACGGACUAGUAUCACAACAGCGCCGACGAUAGGAGAUGAAGGGAAUAUAGCCACUGACGAUGAAGAUGGACUCAUGCUGCGGAUCGAGGGGAAGGGGAAUGUUCCUGGUGAUGCUGCGCCUGGUGGAGAGAAAGAGAGUAUGGAGGAGUUGAUUGAGCGCUUUCAGAGACGACUGGAAGAUAUCAGGCAGGUCAUGGAUGCGACUUCGACUGUGUCUGUCGCUGCUGUUGGUGGUGCCAGUGCUACUGUCACUCCUGCUGCUGCUGCCGGCAGUGCUGGUAUUGGCGGAGACGAGUACAAGUAG